AAUUAUUCAAAUGGAAUAUAAUCAAAAUAACUAAUAUGGAUAAGUCUCAGGUUAAUAAGGAGGCUAUCCUUAUCAAUAGCCUUAUCCAUAAUAAAAUAUGUAUAACCAACCUUAAGCUUAUCCUAAUUAUCAAUAACCUCCACCAUAUUUAGACCCAAAUAUUCCUGUUGGAUAACCAGUUAAUCAACCCUAAUAUGGAAACUAUUAGUAAGCGAAUAUGUAGUAGUAUGAUAUUAUAAAAUUAUAAAGCUAAUCUGGUUUUGUACCUAAUGGUCCUAUAUAUACAGCAGCACCUAUUUUACGUAGUGCUGAUGGAAUGAGAUUUCCAGUUUAAAUUUAAUGUCCAUAUUGUAAUCAGAGCUGUGUCACAAGAAUUGAACAUAGAGUUGGUGAUGGCACAAUAUGUGCUUCUAUUUUAGUUUUAAUAUUUUGCUGGCCCUUAUUCUGGCUUCCUUGCUGUUUAUAAGACUGUUAAGAUAGAGUUCAUAUUUGUACUCAUUGUCAAAAAUGUGUUGGAAAGAAAAAGUAUGAAGUUUGUUGACGACUU